CACCAUUGCGAACACCGUACAAUACAUGCAGCUGUAUGACAAGUGCAAAUCUUUUCAUUACUGGAGUAACAAACAAAUUCGACGAUCAAACACACUCAACAUAAUGACACCGUGCAGUCGAACUGCCCUGUGUCGGUCGUAGUGCUUACUAUUUCCCACGGUCAUGACGGUGUGCUUGAACUCUGACUGCUUGCAUCUCCUAAGUGGUUUAUGACCAGUGACCCAUGAAUCAUGUGUGGUAUAUACUGCCUGCUCGCCCCAUCCUCACCUGAUGGACUGUGUCAUCUGCAAGCAAAUCUGGUCACAUCAAAGCUGUACAAGAGCCUGAUACUGAGGGGCCCUGACUGCUCUAAUGACCUCCUCAAACCCAUUGGUGUUAGGAGGAUAGAUCAUUCCCAACAGUUUCAGCAGUUGCAUGCAUUCUUCACUGGACAUGUUCUUCGUCAGAGAGGAACACUGACAUCCCAGCCCAUGGAAGACUCUGAUGGCAAUGUGCUGAUGUGGAAUGGAGAGAUAUUUGCUGGAAUCAAGGUUGAUCUUGCUGAUAAUGAUGGUCACUUGCUGUUGACCAUGUUGCAGUCCAGUCAAUCAAACCAAGAUAUUUUGACAGUUCUUAGCCAAAUUAAGGGCCCCUGGAGCUUCAUUUAUUGGCAGGAGUCCCAGCAUUGUCUCUGGUUUGGACGGGAUUGUCUUGGUCGACGAAGUCUUCUCUGGGGGUGCUUUGGAGAUGGUAAUCAGUCCUUUGCCCUAUCAUCUGUUGCUAGGCGACCAGAGAUCAACACUAAUGAGAGAUGGUCAGAGGUACCCGCAGAUGGAAUCUUCUGUCUAGAUGUUAAACAGUGGUCUCAACAUUCAGGGCUGCCUAUCCAGGUGAUGCUGUUUCCAUGGCAACAAGAUGCAGUUUCCUCAUCAGGGAGUGUUUUUAGUCCUACCGUUUCAGAUGAACUCAAAGAAGCUGUCUCCAAUGGAGACCUCCUAUCACAUCUAGAGCCACAUAAUAGCAAUUUUUUGGGCCAAAGUUUGAAUCCUGAUCUCAGCUUUGACAUCAUGACGGAAGGUGUAAAGAGUCCAAUAGCUCCAAUGAAUAUGUCAGUUCCAACUAAGACUGAGGAAGAGCUCUUGUCCUUGUGGGGAGAACAAGUUAAGUUACAGCUUCUCAAAAAUUGUCCAAGGGAGAUUCUAUUAAAGGGGAGUGCAUGUUCCAUGGAAAUGGAUGACCUGCACCAUUUUGAAGGAAUAAGAAUAUUUGAUGUAAGCAAAAGUGUCUUACCUGGAGGGAGUAUAUCAGAAUUGUUACCUCACAAAAUGGAGCAUGAGUUGGCCAGAAAUUCUGACAAGUCAGACAGCCAGUUGGGAAUCGAUUCAAACCACAGAAUCGCACAACCCCCAUCCCGGGACCAAAUUCAAGAAAAUUUGCCUUCAGCCAUGACAAAGCCUUCUGCAGUUACAGACUGUGCUCGUCAAGAUGUGAUCGGAGAAGAAGAUGCCUUGCCAAGACAGGAAUUAAAGCUUGGAAGGGAGCCUAGUGAAAGGAUCAGGGAUUGCUUAGCAUCAAUCAGUGUGUUUGAGUGUGAGAUGAUGAAGGCUGUCACUGGAUUGAUUAAAAUCCUACAGGAGUCUGUGAAAAGGAGGGUCUUCAAUCUUCCUCGUCCCCGUAGAAAUGACAAUCUCCAAGAUCCACAUUUGUCACCGUCCUCUCACGACAGCAUCUUCAAUUGGCACUUAGAUGUGCAUCCUGUUUCAGUGACAAGACAGGGGUGUUCCCCUAUCCACAGCGAGUCAGAUUCAGAGUUUAAAGUGAAACGCAGUGACAGUCAAGAUGCAGAGCGCCCCCACUGGCAGUGCCACAGUAGGGUAGCCAUUUUAUUCUCUGGAGGGAUUGACUCCAUGGUGAUAGCAGCCUUUGCUGACAGGUGCAUACCUAAGGAGGAAUCUGUUGACUUAAUCAAUGUGGCUUUCCAGCAGCUACCAAAAACAUCAGGCAAAACUUCAGCAGACAGGGAGAACCAAGAAGAAAGCUAUGAUGUCCCAGACAGACUAACAGGACGGGCAGGUCUGGAGGAGCUCAGGAAACUUAACCCAGAGAGAAGAUGGAACUUUGUUGAGGUGAAUGUGACAUUUGAGGAACUUCGGAAAAUGAGAGGAGAGAGAGUCAGUGAUCUUAUCUAUCCACUGCAGUCUGUGAUGGAUGACAGCAUUGGCUGUGCUAUCUGGUUUGCUGCAAGAGGACAAGGUCUUCUGACCACUGAGACGGGCAUUGCACAGCAACCAUAUGAAAGCCCUGCGAAGGUUGUACUGGUUGGCAUGGGAGCUGAUGAACAACUAGCUGGCUAUUCCAGACAUCGUACAAAAUUCAAGUCAUCAGGAUGGAGUGGUCUUGUUUGUGAGGUCAACAUGGAGGUCUCAAGGAUAGCCAGUAGGAACCUAGGCAGGGAUGACAGAAUUAUAUCUGACCAUGGACGUGAGGCUCGCUUUCCAUUUCUAGAUGAAGACGUCGUGAAUUAUCUGAACCACCUUCCUAUUUGGCUUAAGGCUGAUCUGAGUUUGCCAAGGGGAGUUGGGGAGAAACUGCUCCUGCGAGUGAUGGCUCGGGCAAUAGGCCUCGGAGAGUCUGCGUUGCUGCCUAAACGAGCCAUUCAGUUUGGCUCUCGCAUCGCAAAGGUGGAGAACCCCAAGGAGAAAGCAUCCCACAUCUGUAGCAGGCUGCUGGAAAGAUAAAGACACAGGGGACCAGCCCUCAAGACCAUCAUUUGAAAGAGAGAGAGCCAUUUCACUGGUGACCAGCAUAUCCAUCAAGAUAUUAUAUCCUAAUUGUCUCUUGCAGAAGGCACUGUAUGUGACCAGUAGAGGGCUCUAAAUUUGUUACCUAGCUUUGAUGUCCAAUUAGGCUGAUAUACUGCGUGUAUACAUGCAUGCUUUUUUUCUGUAGUUCUGGAGACUAUUGUGCAAUAGGAGAUGUUGUGCUAUAGUUGUGAGGAACCAAAAUGGAUGGGUGGAUGGACACGAAGGAUGGAUCCAGAACAAUAUUUGGAGGGGGGGUUGAGGGGGACAACCUAUAACCUAUCUGUCUGUAACCUAUUGUGGUAUUUCUGAGGGUUGAGGCUAAAUUUUAGCACUGUUUGCACACUGUAGGGAGGGAGGGAAAUGAAAUUCACCCCCCCCCAAAUCAUUCAUCUCUCAUUACAUUUCAAAAACCAGUUACCUGGACCUGAUUCCCCCCCCCCAUCUACUAAUGGGACACACCAUUACCCAUUAAUCUGGUCCAAAUCAUCCCAGAAAGGAAAAUUCUCCAUGAUACACUGCUGGGAAGGGCUCUUGCUCAUGUUUAAGUGAAGAUAAGUAUAACGGUACAAAUAAUACGCACAAACUAUGGUGGAUGCAAUCACUAAACUCUGUAUACAGACUGAAAUAGUGCAUCAAGAUCUGGGGGUUGACUGGUCCCCAUCCCAAUAGUUAAUAAAGUAUAGGGAGUGGUAGCUAGUUUGCAUUUGACACCGUUGAUUGGCCCUUGUGCGUUCAUGCAUAGUGCAUAUGCCUCUUUUUUUUCUCUUUUUUUUUGAAUGUUUUUGUCAGUAUGUGCUGGUUUUAUGUUUAUCGAUAACAUACAUCACAUGAAUCGACAGCACCCGAAACUCCCAAGAUAAUCAGUCAAUUGUCAUUCCCACAUUUAUCACAGGGUAUGUAUGUUUCUGAUCUGAUCACUAAUGAUCUUUGUACACUGACUAUAGUCAGUGUACAAGUCAGAGUACAGAGAUCAGCCGCUCACUAGUGAAAACCCACAGGGUGUAAAGGGUUCAAAUAUUGGCCCAGUGUUUUUGUGAAUCACUUUGACUUUAUUGUGAUAUCAGGCAUAAAGAUUACUCAUUUGUGGGUCCCCUACACUUAUAAUUCACAUUGUACACUCCACUUUGAAUGUCUGGCACAAAUGUUUUUAUUUCACAAAUUCACAUCAAUGACACUAUGACAUCGUGGAUGAUGUUGGAAAAUAACCAACAUGAACAGAUAGGAAGGCCCUAUCUUUGUGACUUGUUUUAUCCAUAAGUACUUUUUAUGCGCGAGAUUCAUUGAUUCUCAUCUUACAUUAUACCCCAAAAAGGGAAGUUGCAAGAGUGCCAGUCUGUUACCAUGGCAACAUUUAGCUAUACCUGAUCAUCAAGUUGAAGUUUCAAAAGAAAUCUUUAUGAUAGUCGGACACUUCAAAUGAAGAAACAGCGCUAGAGUGUUUGUUUUAACUUACUACCACCAUAUGGUGGAACAGGAUACAUCCCUUCCAAUAUUUCAGUCUGUUACCCAUAGAAUAUGAGCGAUUCACAAAAGUGUGCCUCCAAGAGUUGGCAACGGGUUGACCAAUCACAGUGCUUGAAAUCUGGCGAUCCUUU